CUGGCGCAGCGGUAGGAGAUGCUGUCCGGCUGCAGCGGCGCUCGGCAGCCGGGAGCUCCGCGUUGAAGGCACUGGGCUGAGGCGCACUGCCCGGCAGGCUGGUAAAGUGAAUGCUGAGGACAGAAGAGUUUGAUGACACAGACCGCUGAAUUUCUUUGUUUGGAGUACAAGUUAUGAACCCUUUCUGGAGCAUGUCUACAAGCUCUGUACGCAAACGAUCUGAUGGUGAAGAGAAGACAUUGACAGGGGACGUGAAAACCAGUCCUCCACGAACUGCUCCGAAGAAACAGCUGCCUUCUAUUCCCAAAAAUGCUUUGCCCAUAACUAAGCCUACGUCUCCUGCCCCAGCAGCACAGUCAACAAAUGGCACGCAUGCUUCCUACGGACCCUUCUACCUGGAAUACUCUCUUCUUGCAGAAUUUACCUUGGUUGUGAAGCAGAAAUUACCAGGCGUCUAUGUGCAGCCUUCUUACCGCUCUGCAUUAAUGUGGUUUGGAGUGAUAUUUAUACGGCAUGGACUUUAUCAAGACGGUGUUUUUAAGUUUACAGUUUACAUCCCUGAUAACUAUCCAGAUGGCGACUGUCCACGCUUGGUGUUUGAUAUUCCCGUCUUUCACCCGCUAGUUGAUCCCACCUCAGGUGAACUGGAUGUGAAGAGAGCAUUUGCAAAGUGGAGGCGGAACCAUAAUCAUAUUUGGCAAGUAUUAAUGUAUGCAAGGAGAGUUUUCUACAAGAUUGAUACGGCAAGCCCCCUAAACCCAGAGGCUGCAGUGCUGUAUGAAAAAGAUAUUCAGCUUUUUAAAAGUAAAGUGGUUGACAGUGUUAAGGCAUGCACUGCUCGUUUGUUUGACCAACCUAAAAUAGAAGACCCCUAUGCAAUUAGCUUUUCUCCAUGGAAUCCUUCUGUACAUGACGAAGCCAGAGAGAAGAUGCUGACUCAGAAAAAGCAGCCUGAAGAACAGCACAAUAAAAGCGUUCAUGUUGCUGGCCUGUCAUGGGUAAAGCCUGGCUCAGUACAACCUUUCAGUAAAGAAGAGAAAACAGCAGCAACUUAAGAGAUGGUGAAUCUGGUGCACCGUGCACUGUCCUGCUGGACUCUGGCUAAAGCUGACCAACGGCAAAGGACUGCCGGAAGAGUAAACUGUGUGAAUAAUGACUGACGCUCAGUGUUUUCCAUGUAUGCACAGGUUCCAACAGCGGGCUUUGGAAACCUCUAAGUAAUGCAUUACUUCUGUCAGAAGUGUCUUAGGGUGGUUAUCUAGUUCAGCACUCCAAAUUAUUGGGGACCUUGAGGCUUAAGUAUUUUUCUGAAUAUAAUGCUAAAGGUAAGUUGCAUUCAUUUAAACUAACGGAGCAGACAGAAUUCAACACUAUUUAAUAGUUUUUAAAUCAGUGGUUUCAGUUGUACAUAUGUUAGGAAGUGGAGAAGAGAGAGCAGGUUCCAUAACUCAGCACUUUUAAGUGGAAGAUGUUUGCAUCUCAGUCUUCAGCCUGCUGUUUUACUGAUUUAUAAACUGUUAUCCUCAAGAAAGAUAUUAGUCAAGUGAGAAGAAACCAGAACACUUGCUCAUAGUUUUUUUUGUAAGCAAAUUACUUACUGUAUUUUUAUGGCAGGAGGGAGAAAAAGUGUUAAAACAGUUUCUAAAUGAAGUCAGAUAUUUAAAUGAUGAAUGACUAAUGUGUUUAGUAGAGACAAAAUAAACCGAUAAAUGAUUGUUCUUUGUCAUUUA